GUGCGGAAGUUCUUUUUGAAUGGAAGAGAACCGCUUGAAGUGUAUAUAUCACGAAAACAGCGAAGCAGCAAACUCGAAAGCUCUCGCUUCUGAUUUUUCUUCAGAAGCGAGAGCUAAAUGUGUCAAAAUGCCUCUAAAGUGAUUUAACGAGAAAAUUCUUCCGUUUAGUUCAACGUAAAAAGAUAAAUUCAAGUAUUACGAAAGAGCUUACCAUUACUUCAUCUUGUACAUCUUCCGCGCGCAACGUGUUACACGUUAAUUCGGGUUCACGAUUGAACAAAUUAUUACGAAAGAUAUGUUACGUCUGUCAAGAGGACUCCGGUGUCACAGAGUCCACAUGUUCGUUCCGUGGGACGGGAGGAAGAGUUGCGUGAUGCAAUUUCCCGGCGAUGGGCAAGCCAGCUUCGGAACGGGGGAACGGCACGUACUGACGGUGAGCAGGACGAGGGGAGAGCCCAGCACGAGCACAAAUCUAAAGGAGGCCCUAUGCGAGAAGAUUCCCGUGCACCACGAUCUUCUGAGAAACUUUCGAUUUCACUUCGGCCCGAGCGUCGUUAGUCAGAUCACGGUCGAGGACCUGUACGCGGGAUUAAGCGACGUAAAAACCAUCGUCAGGGAAACCUCGGAACUUGAUCCUAAACACGGCAUCGUGUACCGUGGAUUGACUAUACCGGAAGUGAUCGCUCUGCUGCCUCGCGAAGGAAACUCGCCGAGCGCGGAAGCUGUGUUUUGGUUGCUCUUAACCGGCGACGUCCCGACGCAGCAGCAAACCGCUUCAUUGAUCGCCGACUGGACAUCGCGACGUAAAAAAUGUACAGAAUGGUGGUCGGGACCACGGGGUGAAACGAUAGCUUCCGUUCUACGCUCGAUGCCUGAGACAAUUACCCCUUUGCAUAGAUUGUCGGUCGCGCUCACAAUUUUCGACGUCAGCAAACAGGCGAAGGAGGCCAAAAGGCACGGUGCUAUGCCCUACACUUAUUGGGAGUAUACCUAUGAAGAUGGCAUGGAAUUUCUCGCAACCCUACCAGCGAUCAUCGGUCUGAUUGCCAGAGGCCAAACAUUGACGAAUGUGAGCGGUGACGGCGAUUGGGUGCAAUUUUUAUUAGAUUGUUUAAACAAUGAGAGUUUCGACGGCCGAAAAUCAUCGAUUGCGGAUUUCCUCAGGCUAUACAUCACUUUAAACGCUGACGACGAUGGCGGGGCUCCGAUCGCUCAUGUUACGCAAAUUUUGGGUUUAACGGAUCUUCAUAUAAAUGAGGUAUUAGCUAGCAGCGUUUUGGCGCACAUCGACGAGCCUAAGAGUGGAACAAUGUUCGAGUGGAAAGAGUUGCAAACGAAAAUCAAGAACACGCUCGGCCGAACGUGGACGGAACACGCUUUGAAAACCUGCGUGCUGAAUUUGUGGAGCAGGGACAAAUUGACGGGGCACAGGGAGGCCGACUUCUGCGAUCCACGAUACACCGCGCUCCUGCAUUACGCGAAGCAAUAUCUGUCCGAUAAUUCGGACGUAAAGCUCUCGCAAGACAUCACGCGGAUAUUAAGGUCGACGAUGGGAAGACCGAAAAGAAAAGAGGUUUACCCGGAGCAGAAUGCCCUGGCUCCUGUUAUUUUUCAGUAUUACGGACUGGAAGACAUGAGGCUCAAUCAGACGAUACUUUACAUGGCGCGGGCCUUGGGGGCGAUCGCCUCGAUCAUAUGGACAACAGUAGUAAACGCGCCUGUCGAGCAUCCGAUAUCGCGUUGCACUCACAGUUACAUCGAAACAAUUCGCGACGACAAUGCAAAGAAACGGAAAGGGCGCAGGACGCGAAAGUAAACGGAAACGAAACCGCGUGUACGAUUAUAGGCGCUCACCCGUCAAAGUAAACUAACAAUAAGUAGCGACAUUUAUUUCUCAAAGUUCAACGUUUCGAUCAUCAAAUAUUUAUUUAUUUUUCUACCACUGUACGCCUUGUAACAAUUCGUCUUGGAAAUAACGACAACUUAUUA